CUGUCAACCCACCUAUUGAAAAAAAUAUGAUAUCAAAAUAUCAAGUCCCAGUCAUAACAAAUUUAGACCAAGAUGUUGGUGAUGUUAGUCAAAUUGAAGCUCAAUCUGCCAGCUCAACUACUGAAAAAAUUACAAUAACAAAAUAUGAAGUCCCAGUUAUAACAGAUUUAGACCAAAAUGUUGGUGAUGUUGUUAGUGAAAUUGAAGGUCAAUCUGCCAGCUUAACUACUGAAAAAAAUAUAACAAAAUAUCAAGUCCCAGUUAUAACCGAUUUAGACCAAGAUGUUGGUAAUGUUGUUAAUGCAAUUGAAGAACAAUUAGUGAUACCACCGCCCUCAAACUCAACCGACUCAGCAUACGAUUCAGUACAGUCAAUUCUGAUAGAUAAAUCUGUAGAAUAUCCUUCAGAUCCUGAUUUAUUUAGAGACACAAUUCUAUCAAAACCCCUUAUAAGAGCUCUUAUGGAAAUAGGGCCUUGCCAACCAGGCAUUGAUGGAAAAUAUUUUAUUUUUCCAAAAAAUAAAAAUGGUCAAAGUUUUCUUGUAAAGUGGUACGAACAAAUAACGAAGUCAAAUUUUCCUUGUAAACGAAACUGGUUAGUUUAUUCUCCAAAUAGCAAUAAAAUGUUUUGCUUUCCUUGUUUUUUAUUUCGUACUGUUUCUCAGCACCAUUAUCAGUGGUCUGAUCCAUCCAAAGGUGUAUCAAAUUUUCGCAAGGGUCAUGAAAAAAUUGUUAAGCAUGAGAAGUCGAACUAACACAAAACUGCUGAGAGAGAAUAUUUAAUACUGAGAACAAGAAUUAAAAAUGACAGUACCAUUAUGCAUCAUAUAAUUCUAGCAGAAAAAAAUGAAAAAGAACAUAAUCGCAAUGUUUUAAAGCGUUUAAUUGAUGUAUCUUUAUUUCUAGCCAAAAAUGGUCUUCCAUUUAGAGGUCACCGAGAAAAGUUUGAUUAUGAAACACCAAACCAAGGUCUUUUUAUUGAACUUGUUAAGUUAGUUUCAAAAUAUGAUGCUGUAUUAGCAAAACAUCUUGCAGUAUCAAAUAAAAAUGAAACCUAUUUAAGUCAUAUGAUUCAAAAUGACAUAAUUAAAUCUAUGGCACAUGAAACUGUUCAGUUAAUACUAUAUGAAAUAAAAUUGGCGAAAUAUUUUACUAUAAUCAUUGAUUCAACUAUAGAUAUAAAUAAGAAUGAUCAAUUUUCUCUGAGCUUAAGGUUUGUUGACCAAGAAGGAAAGAUAAGAGAGCAUUUCAUUUGUUUUGAAGAAUUACUAGGUGCCUCUGCUAAUAAUUAUUUUAAUAUUUUAAAUAAAUGUAUUGAAAAGUAUGAUUUGGAUUUUUCCAAGUGCCGUGGCCAGGCUUAUGAUGGAGCAAGUACAAUGUCUGGUCGAUUUAGUGGCUUACAAUCAAGAGUAAAAGAGUUAAAUCCUCUUGCAUUGUAUAUCCAUUGCUGCGCUCAUAAUUUAAAUUUGGUCUUAAUUGAUUCCAUUAGAUCUUCCGUUGUUGCAGUUUCAUUUUUUGGUACAUUAGAAACUUUAUAUACAUUUCUUACCAGCAGUUUACCUAGACUUCAUAUUUUAAAAGAGGAACAAGCAAAGCAAGUAGAUGGUGUAAUUUUAUCAUUAAAAAAAUUAUCUGAUACAAGAUGGGCUAGUCAUAAGCGAGCAGUAGAUUCAGUGUAUAAUAGUUUACCUGCUAUUGUCAAAACACUAAAACAAAUAAGCAAAGGCAAAAUAUCCAACACAAAAUCAAAAACAGUUUCAGAGGCACAAGGUUUGCUUUUUCAUAUUAUGAAACUUAAAUUUAGUUUUAUGUUACU